AUGAAAGGAUUCUUCCUUUUUUGUAUGUUUGUUGUGCUCAAUGCUAACUUUGCAACAACACCGGAGGGUGCUCAAGCUGCGCCAGCAGCCGCACAGGGACCAGUUCAUUUAGCGUCCGAUAGUAAAUUAAGCCGUGUCGAUGAAUCAGUGAUGAAGAAAAGAGAUUACUCCCUUCACAAAGUAUCGAAAUACCACGCAAAGAUCAACAACAGAAUUAUGAAGACGAUCGCAACAAUCCAAAAGGCACAAGCGACUAUUAAAACUAAAGCAGCUGAUUUGGCGAAUAGACUUGCCGCGUAUGGGACUCGUAAGAUGAAGAGUGAACUUGAGUUGUAUGAACUUGUCGACGAUGACAUGAAGAAAGAAUUAAAACCGAUAGUCGAUAAGGUCCUCCCACAGAUUAAAGCGAAAGAAAACGAGAUCAGAGAAGGUGCUUCGAAAUUGAUGGACACUUUCAGCGCACAACUCCAAAAGACUCUUGUCGGAUUACAAAAAGCUAAAGAAGUUGGUGACAAGAACGACAAAGCUGCUCGUAUGGGUAUUCAUGCCGUUGGAGACAAUAUCGUGAAAGGCAUUGAUGCUUCAAAAGGAAGUGGGGCUUUGGCCUCAAAGGACGCUCGUAAGAUCAAGAAGACUGCCAAAGACGCCCAGUACAAAAUAGCGCACCAAUUCCAUAAGGCACAGAGAGAAGAAAAACAAAUUCUGAGAUCAGCUCGAACUCUUUUGAAAACUAUGAGACAUAAAGGAAAGGGUUUCAUGCGAAAAUUGAGAAAGACUGCAAAGGAGGAGUAUCGACAAAUCUUUAGAAAGGCUAAAAAGGCGAUGUUGAAGAUCAUCACAAAGAAGUCGAAUUCCUUUGGAGUUGACUAUUAA